GCGCCUCCCCCUCCAGCCCCCCCCCCCUGCCGAAGGCAGAGCCGGCGGCCCGAAGGCCUUCCCUUGCCCGCCUGUGGAGGAGCGGAAAGAGCGGCCGCUCUGCGGAGCCGGGGGACGAGCGGCACUUUCGGGCCGAGGAUCCGGGUCGGGUUUGUGCCGCCCCCGAAGAGCAUCCCGGUCGGAACAAGCGCCAGGCUAGGCUGACUGCACGUCUGGUGCUUGGCGGCCUUUGCGGGGACUUGGGGGUUUGUGCCCAUCUUCGGCAGGACUUGCCUGGGGGACCCUCUGACUCUGCAGCCGGGCGGCCUGAGUGGAGAGAAGCCUCAGGAUCAAGGAAGGGCAGCCCUUCUGUUCCCCAGUGCGCUAGGCACCCGGGAUCCCCGAGAGCAGCUGUGGAGCCGAAAGCUGAGAAAGCCAUGUGAACAUUCUUAGGCAAUCUGUCGCUUCCUUUGAAAGAAAGGGGACUGAUCCUAAGGCUCCUUUGAGUUUUCUUCUGUUUCCAUCAAUGGUCCUUGCAAUGAGUAUUUUUCUGAUUGUAAUGUAGCCCACCAGCAACUGAGCAGACUGUUCUUUCCAGGCUGGUGAUCACAGAUCCUAACUUCCGAUCUUCCUGACUUCAAAUAAAGAGCUCCCAGGCCUGCAGUAAUAGGCACCGUGAUUUCAGAAUUCAGAAAUUCUGUUUCAGAAUUGAGUGAACUCCAGAUAGCGGUGAAGAAAGCAAGAUAUUUCAAUUCAGGGACUCUGGUGGGGGAGACAGAUCUUGAACUAUGGCCCUGGUUCCUUCAGAGGCUUUCUGGAAGAAGGACAAGGGGCUGGGACCACAAGGUGACCACCGGGAUGUCUGGCCUGCUUUGGUCUGAUGUGUCUCAAAGCAUGUCAGAAACCUGGUCACAGCAGCCGCCACCCCCCCAGCAGCCCCCGCAUCACGGGGCCACGGCCACCCUUCCAGAGCACCCCAUUCCGCCCAGUGCAGUGACCGAGAACCCUUUGGGCUGUGCCGUCUAUGGUAUCCUCCUGCAGCCGGAGCCCAGCGGGUUGCAGCACCCACCCAUCUCUGCCAGCGGCGGUGGGGAGGCCUCUCCCAAAUGUGGGGUUUGUGGGCACGACCUGUCUCACCUCUCCAACCCCCAGGAGCAUCAAUGCCUACAAGGUGGCCACGACCGUUCCUUCCAGUGCACUCAGUGCCUGAAGAUUUUUCAUCAGGCCACGGACCUCCUGGAGCACCAGUGCCUGCAGGUGGAACAGAAGCCCUUUGUCUGUGGUGUCUGCAAGAUGGGCUUCUCCCUGCUCACUUCGCUGGCCCAACACCACAGUGUCCAUAAUGGCAACACGGCUGUCAAGUGCUCCAUCUGUGAAAAGACCUACAAGGCGGCCGCAGCGGCAGUGGCAGCUCCCGAGGAACCUGCCCCACCACAGCAGCCAGCGGCCCUGAACCGGACCCCCGCGGAGAAGCCGUACAGCUGCUCUAUCUGCCAGAAGCCCUUCAAGCACCUCUCGGAGCUGUCACGACAUGAGCGGGUGCACACUGGGGAGAAGCCCUACAAAUGCAGCCUGUGCGACAAGAGCUUCAGCCAGUCCUCGCACCUGGUGCAUCACAAGCGUACCCACAGCGCUGAACGGCCCUACAAAUGCACCGUGUGUGAGAAGGCCUUUAAGCACCGCUCCCACUUGGUGCGCCACAUGUACGCCCACUCGGGCGAGGCCCACCUCUUCCGCUGCAAUGUCUGCGAGUUGCACUUCAAAGAGUCCUCAGAGCUGCUGCAGCACCCCUGCACGCCCAGCGGUGAGCGGCCCUUCCGUUGUGCGGCUUGCCACAAGGCCUUCCGGCGGCCCUCGGACCUCCGGCAGCAUGAGCGCACCCACAGCACGGAGCGUCCCUUUCAGUGCGACCUUUGCCAGAUGAGCUUCAAGCAACAGUAUGCGCUCAUGCGUCACCGCCGCACUCACAAGGCUGUGGUCCCUGCCCCGUCUUCAGAGCAGGAAGCCGCCCCGCUGCCUUUCAAGUGCUCCCUGUGUGAAAAAGGCUUUGUGCAGCCAGCCCACCUGCUCUACCACCAACACGUCCACGGCAUCGAGAACCUCUUCAAGUGCAACGCCUGCCAGAAAGGCUUCAGUCAGUCCUCUGAGUUGCUGCGCCACCGCUGUGUGCAGAGUGCUGAGCGGCCUUUCAAAUGCACGGCCUGCAGCAAGGCCUACAAGCGUGCCUCCGCCUUGCAGAAGCACCAGCUGGCUUCCCACUGUGCCGAGAAGCCCCUCCGCUGCACCCUGUGUGAACGGCGCUUCUUCUCCUCCUCAGAGUUUGUGCAGCACCGCUGUGAUCCUGCCCGCGAACGGCCCCUGAAGUGCCCGGACUGCCAGAAGCGCUUCAAGUAUGCCUCCGACCUGCAGCGCCACCGGCGUGUCCACACGGGAGAAAAGCCGUACAAGUGCCCCUCUUGCGAGAAGGCCUUCAAACAGAGGGAGCACCUGAACAAGCACCACGGGGUCCACACCCGAGAGCAGCACUACAAGUGCAUGUGGUGUGGCGAGCGCUUCCUGGACCUGGGCUUGCUGCAGGAGCACAGCGCGCAGCACACCUCCACAGAAGGCACUUACACGGUGGCUCCCUGCCUGCCCUGAGCAGCUCCUCUGCCAAGCACAGCUCUAGGGCCCUUCUGCAGCUGGUCCCUGCCUGCCAGAAGAGAGCCCUUCGAUGGGCAAACCUGACAGAGUAAACUAAGCCACAGGAGCGAAGGGGCCGUGCCGUGCCAAGGCUGUGUCUAGCUUUGGAAAGACUGGGUCGUCAAGCCUGCCAAGCUCUGGCCUCUCCCUGCCGUGAUUCCACUGUUUGCGAAGCGAAGGGCUGUCUCUGGAGUGAAGCCUCUGCUGUUUGUGAACGAUGGAGCAGGACUCUGAGAGCGGCUGAGAAGAAGGGCUCGGGAGGCAUGCACGCCAGGCUGAAAUGCCUCCUCUUACUCAUUGCCAUGGUUUCUCCAUGCAGGUGCUUCAGCCGGCAGCCCUUAGGUGGUUGUUUUGGCUUCAGUAGUGUACAACCAUCAGGACUGAAUUUCCUCCACUCCAGCCAUUGGAAAUGCAGCAGGAAGGGCAUGGAGAAAAACUCGAUUUAUCUAUUUAAACGUAUUAUAAAGCUAGAGCAGACACCCCCCCCCCCCCAGCCGCCUCCUUCUACCCCUUCCUUGUGUUAUAAAUAGAUAGGCUUCUCUGUGUAACCUCUGAGAAAUGUUAACAUGCAAGACAUGCAACUGAAGACCUUGGACAGAAAACAUUAAAACUGCACUGAUCUGUC